AUGGGGGGCUUCUCUGCGGAAUCCCAGGGAUUUUUAGUCAGGGUCACUGAGAAGCGCGCGACACCUACCAUCCCCCAACAGCACCAUCCAGUGUGGGUUGAUCAGUGGCCCCUAUCUGAGACCAAACUGCGCGUACUGGAAGCCCUCGUGGAAGAGCAGCUUGCCAAGGGCCACAUCACUGACCCUUGGAACUCCCCUGUCUUUGUCCUACGCAAACCAGGCAAGGACAGGUGGAGACUCCUUCAUGACCUCCGGAAGAUCAACGAUGUCAUUGAAGACAUGGGAUCCCUUCAGCCUGGCAUGCCCUCCCCUUCUAUGCUCCCCCGGGAUUGGAAGCUGGCCGUCAUUGACAUAAAGGACUGUUUUUUCAACAUACCCUUCCAUCCUCGGGACGCCCCCAGAUUUGCAUUCUCGGUUCCCUCUCCAAACAGACAAGCACCUUUAAGAAGAUACCAUUGGCUAGUCCUUCCCCAAGGGAUGAAAAAUUCUCCUACUAUCUGCCAAGGUUACGUGGCCCACAUCCUGUCACCUGUGAGGACCCUGUUCCCAGAUGCCGUCAUCCUCCACUACAUAGAUGGCAUCCUGGUUUGUGCUGCUGACGAUGACUAUCUGCACCGGACUUUACAAAAAACUAUCCAAUUGAGGACGCUGGAUUUGAGAUCCCUCUGCGGGUCCAUCAACUGGAUACGCCCUCUGCUUGGUGUAACAACAGAAGUCCUUGCGCCCCUCUUCAACCUGCUCCAUGGCAGCGAGAACCUCGAUUCACCAUGCUCCCUCACGCCGGAGGCCCGGGAAUCCAUCACCAAGGUCCAGGAGGCCCUGUCUUCGUGGCAAGCCCACCGCUAUGAGCCCAGCCUGCCCUUCCAACUGGAUGGCUCAGGGAAAUCCCACAAGUCAGUCAUGACUUGGAAGGACCCCAGGACACAGAAAUGGGAGUCUGAUGUCCAAGCAGUUGAGGGAUCAUCACAGAUUGCUAAAUUAGCAGCCGUCGUCAGAGCUUUUGAGAAAUUCUAA